AUGGCCAGUCUGGUUUCAUCUGACAGGAAUGUUCUGGUCACUCCAAUACCACAACCGUGUUGAGCAGAAAUACAUCUCAGUACACCCAACAUGUCAGCUCGAACUAGUCUGGCCAUUCUCCUCUGACCUCUCUUAUCAAUAAUGUGUUUCCAGCCACAUAACUGCAUAUCAUAUAUAAAUAUUAAUCUGGCUAAAAAUGCCAUGAUCCAGCCAAAAAGCAACUUGUAAGUGGGAUAUCUCGAAAGUCAUUAAAAUCAGAAUGAUUAGGACAAGAAAUUCUUAUAACAAACUAUGUUAAAAAUCUUGUAUCCAGACUUACUACACCAUUGCUAGGUAUUUUACUAGAAGUUAAAUAGUAUUGUCUUAAACCAUGUUUAACCACAUGGACUGAAAAACUUGUGACUAUAACAUCUGGUUUCAUUAUUAAAAAUGUCCACGUUGAGAAGACCACAUAUAUACUCCCUCACCCCUAAUGUUCCACUUCAGGGGUCUUUCUCAUAGCAAAAUUGUGAACGUUGGUUUCCACUGAACACUCAUCUGUUCCUGUCCCUCAGUGAGGUGUAAGUGGGUCUGGGUGACAAAGAGGGGUGGGAGCUGAUGGGUUAGUAGGUUGAGAGACCUCCCUCUCUUCUUCUUAUACGUUUCUGGGACAGAAGAAUUUUCUACAGAAUAGGUGAUAGAGUCUGAGAGGACAAGAUGAAGCUGAAUUACUUUGUUGGGAUUCUUUUGGCCAUGCAGUGGCUCAGUGGUGUGUCUACAGGACAUGGAAACCCCAUAUCAUGUUGUAGAGAUACCAGCAAGGACAGGGUCAGAGUUGAAACGAUUGUGAACUAUGUGCAUCAAGACGAACCACAAUGCCCUAUCAAAGCUGUAAGGUUUAAUUUGGUAAACAGCAGAACAAUAUGCUCUAAUCCAGAAGAUCCUUGGGCCAAACAUGCCAUAAAGGAACUGGAUAGAAGAACAACCACAAAAGUGCCCGAUACCCCACCAUCAUCGACUUCUACAAGCUGGACAACAGCUACUACAACCACAUCUACACCCGAAAUAAGUACAGAAAGCACAAUAACCACAACAACUCCGAAAGGAACAUCAACCACAUGGGAAACAACAACAUACAUCACUCAUACAGCUUCGCCCAAACAACCACAUGGACAACAGCCGCCUCAAUGGACGACAACGCAAGUUACGACAGCGAAGAUGACUACUACUGUGGCUAGGAAGCCAGUGACAACUGAUAGCAAUACGACUUCCACGACUAUGACAGCAAGCCCAGUGACCAUGACUACACCUAAAGGAACAUCAACCACAAGGAAAGCAUCAACAUACAUCACUCAUACAUCUUCGCCCAAACAACCACUUGGACAACAGCCGCCUCAAUGGACGACAACGCAAAUUACGACAGCGAAGAUGACUACUACUGCGGCUAGGAAGCCAGUGACAACUGAUAGCAAGACGACUUCCACGACUAUGACAGCAAGCCCAGUGACCAUGACUACACCUAAAGGAACAUCAACCACAUGGAAAGCAUCAACAUACAUCACUCAUACAACCUCGACCAAAGAACUGCCUGGGAAUACCAAAAAGCUGCCAAUUACGACACAAUUUACAACGCAAAUUGCGACUACUACGGAAAGUAAGCCAAUUACGCCUGAAACCAAGACGACUUCCAUGACUAUGACAACAGAAAACCGAGUGACCACGACAACACCUAAAGGAACAUCAACCACAGAAAGACCAGCCCAUAAACCAUCCACAACAACUGUUAAAACAGUAAAACGUUGCCCAACGACCGUGGCCAGCAGCACGACAAAAAAGAAGAAAAUUCCAUGGACAGUCAGACGUUUGAGAAAGAAAAGUAAGACGGGACUGAGGCGAGCACAGAUAAACCCAGGAUGUGUAUAGGUUUGACCAAAACUGUUUAGUUUGUUUUUGAGAUCUUUUUGAGUCUGUAAGGUUAAAGGUUAAGAAGCUUUUGUGCUCUGAGACGACCGCAGAACAUUGUGAGAAAAUUUUUGCGGUAAUUCUCCGCCCACUUUUAUCCGUGCACUUUCUUUCCACGUUGACUCAUUCAGUGCCAGACUUGAGACUUUUGACACAUUGAUACGGGCAUGAUGCGUAUUGUGUAGUGAUGCUCACGCUAGGUUUCUGACCAUGGGUGAACUGUACAGAUUUACGGAUGCAAACAUUUAGAUUUAUAUUUAGAUUUACAGUAUUUGCCUGAUGCCAUUAUUGAGCGACUUAAAGAAAUGCAUUGUAGCCUCCAAGGUCAGAGUUGAAGAAUACAAGCUAAAAUCUUAUUUAAGAGGAGUUAGUAGUAGUAGGGGUGAAUAUUAAUUUCCUUUUAUUUUGUUUUUUUUUUUGUUGUUGUUUAGUUCUUAUUUUAGUGCUUAUUAAAGCCAGUCAGGGGAAGCUAAUUCCCCGUUCAGGUGCCAUUACAGAGGUGCCAACAAAUAGCAUCCAUACAUUAUCAUAGAUCCUUGAAGAUUGUUAAGUGUAUAUGAAUUGUGCACAAUCACAGAUAUGUGUAAUAAUGUAGAUCAAUUUAAUUUUAUACUAUGCAUUUUAUUUUUUUAUUAUUAUAAAUGUACUAUUUACGUACAGUGAUUGUGAUACGGAGCAGAAAGGUGCUUAUCCAACACUAUCUCUGUUGAACCCUUUGCUCUGAUGUGCAAUAAUGAUGUCCAGGGAGUAAUUUCAGUGCAACAUAAAGUUGCUCCUUGAAUUAAAAUGAUGUAUAUAUGCUUUUCUAUUUAUUACACUGAUUAGAAUA